GCCCCGUGCCUCUCGCCUCAUCUUCAUUCACCUUUGCCUUCUUCUACUCCUCACUCCCCGCACCGGCAACCUCCUACACCCGCCCCAUCCUCAUCUCGGCCCCUGCAGCCCUCCCCGCCCCACACACCAGCCCUGAAAGCGCCCCCGCCGCCUCCACCGCCACCACCGACGUGGCCGUGGUGCCGCAGUUUGAGGCGGAGGUGGAGCGCGUGGCCGCUGAGCCCGCCGUGGCCCCCGCGCCCCUCACCCUGUACGAGGACAGCUUCUUCUCCCGCUCCCUCAGCGCCUCGGACAUGCUGGACCUGGACAGCGACGAGCUGGAGCUGCCUGGCGGCGCCGCGCCCUUCUCCUUCGACCCCCUGGUCGACUGCGUGGUGCCGUCGUUUGCCGACGACCUCGCCCCCGCCGCCGGCGACCGCUACAGCUUCCAGGUCCCCUCCUACAACGCCCAGCAGAGUUCCUUCAUUCCUCAGCAGCCCAACUACAUGCCCGCCUACGUGCGCCAGCAGCAGCCCGGCAAGCUGGUGCCCCUGGGCGGCACGAUGGCCAAGCCGGCCGCCGUGCCGCAGCAGCGCACCCCCGAGGAGGAGGCUGAGGAGGCGGCGCGCGUGGCACGCCACCGCGAGCGCCAGCGCAAGAAGCGCAACUUUGGCCGCGCCGUGCGCUACCAG